GUGACCGCCAAUUCCUUUUUUUGUAACGAUCCAUAGAGACUGCACAGACAUGUAUCAAAAUCCACUCUUUCUUUCUUACACUGAAUUCUUUUUUAUACCUCCACCUUUUUCGGCAUACCUAGAUAUUAUAAAUGUCACCCACCGCUGAUGAUAAACCUGAGAAUGCUAAUGAGCAUUGUCCUGGUGUAGAAAGUGAAGAAGCUGGUAAAGCGGAAGCUUGUGCCGGAUGUCCGAAUCAAGCUAUUUGUGCGUCGGCACCCAAAGGACCUGAUCCAGAUAUCCCUGUCAUCACUGAACGCCUUUCUGGUGUCCAACAUAAAAUUCUUGUUCUUUCAGGUAAAGGGGGUGUUGGCAAAUCCAGCUUCACUUCGCAACUUGCCUGGGCACUGGCAGGUUACGAAGAUGAAGAUUUACAAAUUGGCGUCAUGGACGUCGAUAUUUGUGGGCCGUCUAUUCCUACAAUCAUGGGCGUUGUGGACGAGCAAAUUCAUCAAAGCGCCAGCGGCUGGUCUCCCGUCUUUGUUACUGAUAAUUUGGGCGUCAUGUCCAUCGGCUUUAUGCUGCCUGAUAAAGAUGAUGCCGUUAUCUGGCGUGGACCCAAGAAGAACGGGUUGAUCAAACAGUUCUUGAAAGAUGUGGAUUGGGGAGAGCUUGAUUACUUGUUGGUGGAUACACCACCGGGUACUUCAGAUGAACAUUUAUCUUUAGCUUCCUUUUUAAAAGAAAGUGGCAUCGAUGGUGCUGUCGUCAUUACGACGCCUCAGGAAGUGGCCUUGCAAGAUGUGAGGAAGGAAAUUGAUUUUUGUAGAAAGGCCAAGAUCCCCAUCUUGGGUUUGGUGGAAAAUAUGUCGGGAUUUGUGUGUCCCAAUUGCCAUGGUGAAAGUGUGAUAUUCCCUCCUACAACAGGUGGUGCAAAAGCGUUGGCAGAUGAAUUUGGUUUGGAAUUGCUGGGUAAAAUCCCGUUGGAUCCUCGAGUAGCCAAGAGCUGCGAUAUGGGACAAUCAUUUUUGGAUGAGUAUCCUGAGUCACCGGCUAGCGAAGCUUAUUUGCAGAUUAUUGAAAGAAUCAGAGACAAGUGUGAAGGUGCCAUUGAAGAAGUUGCGUAAAUCAUCCAAGUUAUUUUGAAAACUUUUACCGGUCUACCGGUCGUCAUUGUACAUUGUAUAUAUUUUAAUCAAAAGCAAACAUUUAUUGUAUUAAUGAGAAGAUAUCUAAACAAUAAUUAGCAUAAAUACUUUUUUUUUUUUUUUUUUUUUUUUUUUU